CUCGAACAUUGUUAAGGGCUCUGUUCUAACAAAAUUGAUGUCUAAAGCCCAUUAAAUCCAAUGUAAGGCCCAUUAAAGGCCUCGUAACAUUUUGAUAUGUUUUUUUUCGAAAGAAUCCGAAUAAUCAAAAAAUUUAAUCUAACCAAAUUUGAGAAUUUUCGCAUCCAAAUUUGAGAAUUUUCGCAUCCCCUUCAUAUCUCUCUCUUUAUUUUAUCCCUUUUUCUCUCCGUCCUCCGCUUUUUACUCCUCCGCCGAUCUCCGGCGACGUAAUCUUCUCUCCGAUCUCCGCCUCCGUUCUCAAUACCCGAUUUUAAAAAUCUUAUCUCUGUCUCUGCUCUCUCUAUUUACCGCGCCGAUACACUCAGAUUAACCCGGCGACGUCUUUAUUCUGCCUCCGAUCGCUUUUUUUUUCUUAUUUUAUUUUAUUUUAAUUUUAAAACUUUUUUUUUUCUCGACACUCAUGCGUUUGACGCUUUUGACGGUUUUCGCCUCAAAUUAAACAUACAUUGACGUUUGUAGCCCUUACGUUUGACAUUGACCAUUAUAACCCUGGUCCUUGUUUACAACCUGUCAUCCACGUGGCAUAAGAUAAAGAAGGCAAAGAAAUGAAUCAAAACCAUCACGCGCAUGAGGGCGCGUCGAGAAAACGUAAAGACACGGAGAGUGAUCUAAGAGAAGCCGCCACACCGAACUGGUUAUUGGCUGGCUACAUGGCACACGAGUACCUCACGUGCGGUACUAUGUUGGGCCGGAAGCUGUAUUCAGGAUGGGCCGAAGUUGGGCCGCUAGUCUCGCCAUCACCAUUACAGAGCAGAGAAGUGAAAAAGGCUCGCCAGAGUUACUCUGAAGUGGCGAGUGUGUUCAAAACAGAUGGAAACCAUGUCCCUGGUGUGGUUAACCCGACCCAGCUUGCUAAAUGGAUCCAGAUGUGAACUACAUACAAUGGUUCAUCAUCAUCAUCAUCAUCAUCAUCAUCAUCAUCAUCAUCAUCAUCAUCGUCAUUGCCAUUAGACAGAAGCUUUCAUUUUUAUUUUCGGCAUUUUAGUUUUUUGUUAAUGAUAGUCUUGUUUGUGUGUCACGCAAAAGAUUUGAUAAAUAAUUGUAGACUUUGUUGUGUUUAUCGUGUUAUAUCAGCUAGUAAUAGUUUUUUCAGACAUCAUUAACGUACAAUUUUACAUGCCCUAUGCUUAAUUUUGAACCCCAUGCAUCAUUGCUCAUAAGAAAAUUG